AAUGAAGCCUGUCAGUGUUGAUGAUCGAUCAGUAACUUGUGAGAUUCUAAGCAUGAACAGAAAAAGUAGUUGAUGACAGCUCAUCACUGCAGUCAUAACACUACUGUCCUCAGAGUCGGAGCGACCCCACGUCCUCUGCCAGCUGACUGCAGCUUGCUGUCUCCGCCAGGUUAUCAAUAUGGCCUCAUGGAUUAUUCAGAUGACUGUAAUGGUGCUAUCUGUCUUCAUCAGCGGUGGCCAGGGGAAGAGGGACAAGGUGCUCUACUGCUCUGCAUGUAAGGCGAUAGUGGAUGAACUGAACCACUCAAUCAGUCAGGUGGACCCAAAGAAAACCAUCAACGUCGGCGGCUUUAGACUCAACCCUGAUGGAACCAUGAAAGACAAAAAGGUACCUCUGGCUCGCUCAGAGACUCACCUCAACGAGCUCCUGGAUGGGGUGUGCAACAGCAUGAGUGACUACGCCCUCUACGUGGACCCCGACACCCAGCACAAGCAGUACAAGAGAUUUGCUCCCAGGGAAAGCGGGUUCACCGGGGACUUCCCUGACUUUAAAAAUUUCCAGUUUGCGGGACCUGAGACAACGCCCAACCCCCUGAAAUUCGCAUGUGAAACACUGGUGGAGGAGCUGGAGGAUGAUAUCAUCUCUUUGUUCAGCCAGGACGCAGAGCAUGUGCAUGAGGAGUUAUGCAACAGAGUCUCAGAAUACUGUAGCGACAGCAGUCACGCAAACGAGGAGUUAUAGCAUUUAGAUUGUCAGUGGACGACAGUGGGACCAGCUUUGAACAAAAAAAGAGGCCUUUAACAGAAUCUUUUUUUUGGACAAAUAAUUGACCAUCUUUUUUAAAUAAAUAAAAGAACAAAAAUUGAGAAACCA